CCAAGGCUCUGUGACGUAAGACGUGAAAGUCGAAGUCUUGAGCAUACGCGGUCAGGUCCAUCUAGUCGACGACCGACUUUGUGGCUUUCAAAAUGAUACGCACGUUCUACUUCCUUCUUGGCGUUCUGGGUGUUGUUAUAUCAGCACCCGUGGACGACCCAGUUCGCAUUGACUUACCAGUCUACGAACCGCAGUCCGGUUCCACUACGACAAGAACUGAAGCCCCGGAACCAGAAAAUUAUCCUGGAUCUCAAAAUAGUUACCAAAAGAGCGACGAAAAACCUGUCACAAUUGUUCUAGGCAGCAAAACUAAUUCAAAUCCACUGAUUGGCUCCGUAAACUACGGCAGUGGCCUCUUCUCACCAUCGGUGACACAUCUCGACGGAGCUCUAUUAGAAACAGAGGGACUUGGCAGCAAGAUCCUAUCGGUCAAAGAAAAUGUACAAAAUGUGGUUGCUGGAGUUUUUCAACCGCAGCCAAUAGUCGACACAAUUAAAGAAGAGGAAAAGUACGGAAAUAGUGGAGAGAAGUUCGAAAGUACAGGGAGAGCUCUGGUCAAUGGCGCAGAAGGAAUUUCUAACUUUGUGAAUUCAAUUCUCGAAGUCCCUGGCAAAAUAUUCAGAUCCAUAACUCGAGCAGCAAGCGAAAAACUUAACAAUUUGGGCAGUAAACUUGUAGGAUUAUAAUUUUAAAAAUUGUUAUCUACUUUUUAUAUGAAAGUUUAUUAAUGUGUACC